AUGGGAAGUGUGCCCUCUUUUACACAAGCCCCAUUUGCGGAUCAUUUGCCCGGCCCGAGUCAUGCGUCUCGCGACAUUUCCAGUGACAGCAAUGUAAACUGUUCAAAUACAAGUACACCUGUGCCGUUGCGACCUCCAGAGUACGAUCAAAUAGUUCCUACUCUUAGAUCUACCUUAGAGCAAAUGCGCAAAUGCAUUUCCAUUGACUUGGUCUCUGGAAGCCAAAGAGAGGCGAACUUUUUGCGAAUGAUCGACCGCAAAGUGCCUGUACUUUACGAACGGUCAGUUGUGGAAAAUGCCAUACGGCGUUACGAAUGUUUCUGGCUUCCAAUGCAGGCAUCGCGUCCAGACGUGAACAAUAUUCCACCACUAGAUGUGCACUGGGUCUGGCACUGCCAUAUGCUCAGUCCCACGCACUAUCAACAGGACUGUGAAACUAUUUGUGGUGCCGUGAUUGAUCAUAAACUGUUGAGCUCAGAUGAAAUUCAACAGCGUUAUGAGCAGUCAGUUAGCACUUGGAAGCGUUUCUGUGGUGAUGAACCUUACGAUUUUUUGUGUUCAAAAGCAAGCAGUCAUCCGCAAUAUCAACAAAAAUCAUCCUAUGAUAUCGCUGCAGCUGCACAACGACAACGCAAUUUUAAUUACCAGAUCUCUCUGCCACAUUACACAUCGCCAAAAUUCAUUACCGAUGCUGUCGAGCGUUACCUCAAUUUCUUGCUACUGAAACAAACUUACACGGAUCAGUUCCUUACUCCUUGUUACGAUUUUGAUAUUGUCUGGCACACCCAUCAAGUUCAUCCGCAUAAUUAUCUUCGUGAUUGUACUGCAAUUUUCGGAUGGUUGAUGAAGCAUGACGAUACAGUAAACGAUCGCUCCAAAAACAGUAAACUAUUGAAGGGUGAAGCAAUGACUAAACGACUUUGGACUGCUCAUUUCCAGAAGGGCUUCUGGCGCAGAGGCUCCAUGUACAGGGGACAUCCAGCGCCAUUUUUUCUUGGUUUUGAAGCGCAAGAUUUAAGUAACGUCGCUUACGGCCAAAUGCAUAUUCCAUCGAUUGCUCUCAGAGAAAUUCCUCUACAACGUGAACAACUGCGCUUGAAACUGCUGUAUGGAAAUAAGAAAGUCACAACAUUCAAUGCAGAUCUUACUUCUAAACGAGUGACAAAGGCUGGUUUCUCACUCGUCUGGCAGCCAACCGAAAAUAGUGCUCAUGCGUCGAUUGUGAAAUUUCCAUUUGAACGAAGUAACCCGAAGGAGCUGUUUGUAGAGUUGGAAUUGUUUGACAAGUUAUUCCUGCAGAAAAAAGAUGUAAUCAAGCUGACUGGUCAUGCUUCGUUAGAAGAGUUGCUUCCUUCAUCGAACUCAAAAAUGUCCCAAAAUAUCGCACAGAUCAGUGUGAAAAGUCGUGAACUGGCUAGCGAAUUAAAGGCAAAAGUCAACGUAACAACGAAUUUAUCGCUGAAUCGCGAACUUCAUCUGAUUGUUGGUGAGUUUGUCCAACAGGAACUGAUUCCUGACACUCGUCUGUGGUUUCUGUGUCAUUCAGCAGCAUUAAAUCGCGCUGCUUUGCAGUCUUCAAUGACUGUUCACAUUGCAACACAUACAUUAGUCGAUUCUCGUGAUGGCACAAAAUGUACUGUACAAGUAGUACACAGUGCUUCGUUAUUGCUAUCAAUGAUAUUGGUAUAUGGUAGUCAGCAAAGAUUAUUGUGUAUGGCACAUUUAGUUGGUGCAGAUACUCUUCCAUCGAAAGAUCAGCUUGAUACUAAUUUGCAGUUUCUACCUCAUUUAUCAGCUCCAGAUGAGCGCGCAUUCGUCGUAAUGAACAGAGACGGUGAUUUUGCCAUUGUUAAAGGAAAAUGGGUUGGUUUCAGCCGAAAAAUUCCCGGUGACAAAGGGCAGAAAGCAAAGCCGGGAAGUCCUGGAAAAUUACGAGUAGAUGUAUUCAACUUGUUAAAGAAUACCGUGCAGAAAUUAGAAGUACCAGGCUUAGAAGGAAGCACUCUAUUCAUUAUUGGAGAAGCACAAGCUCGUUUGCCAGGUAAACGAAUACAGUGCCGUUCGAUUCAAACUGCUGAACAUAUUGCUUGUGUUUUUAGUGUUGCAACUCUGUUUGUACUUUGUAAUCCUGACAAGGUUCGUUCACAUAGUGACACAAACAGCAUUGCACAUCAAUGCCAUAAAUGGCCACUGACAAUGGCGUGUGGUUAUGGUAAGGCGCUACCAUCGAAUCGUUACUUAGCUUCUCAACAGGAAUCUAUCGAAGGAUUGCAUCUAACAGCGUUAAUGAUCUCCAUGUGCGUGGGAACUUGUGAUGGAGCUGCGUGUGGAGCCUGUGGCGCUUGUGGUGCUUGCGGUGCGUGUGGUGGUUGUGGUGGUUGUGGUAGUUGUGGUGGCUGUGGUGGUUGUGGUUGA